UAUGAUAUUUUUUUGGGGGCAUAUUUGGGGAACUUUCCUGUCACGUGCUAACGCGAAACCAAAAGAAUUCUGAUCCAGAAAGUGUUUGAAUCAUUCUCUCUCAAGGUGGCUUCGAGGGUAUCUACAGUUCAUGGGUUUCUCUCACUCUGUGUGUGAGUGAAGAAACAAUUGCCUCUCGAAUUUCAACAAUGGAGCUCUCUCCAGCUCUGAUACUUGCCUAAAACUUCUUUUAGAGGUUUCACUUCCGAAAUUUAUUUUGCAGAGCUGUGAGUUUGAGUAAGUCAUUCUCUGAUUACAUGAAUGAAACUGCAGUUAUUAAGUGGAAUUUGGCUGUAUUUAAUUUGUACUCUGGAUAUCUGUCCACUGCAAAAAAUUUUAGCUAAACUUAAAAGGGAAAAAAUAUCAGCCAAUGGAAGAAUCACGAAUUACACCUCUUCCUUCUGAUAUUCGUCGAUCAGCCUCUUCACAUAGCUCUGCAAGGUUCAAUGUAGAUGGGUAUGGGACUAAUUUCUUUCGUGGACCUGGUUUCCCUGGCCUGAAGAAGAAAGCUCAUGGUCAUGGAAAUCGUUCUUGGAUAAAGAUUGAUCAGAGUGGGAACUCAAAGAUCUUGGAGCUCGAUAAGGCUACAGUAAUGAGGCACUGUUCUUUGCCUCCCAGAGAUCUCCGUCUUCUGGAUCCUUUGUUCAUUUACCCUUCCACUAUAUUAGGCCGAGAGAUGGCUAUUGUGGUUAGUCUUGAACAGAUUAGAUGUAUAAUCACAGCUGACGAGGUUAUCCUGAUGAACUCUUUGGAUGGAUGCGUGAUCCAGUACAAGUUGGAAUUGUGCAAACGCCUUCAGAAAAAUAAAGAUCAAUCUGAUGAUCUGCCUUUCGAAUUCAGGGCUCUGGAGCUGGCUUUGGAACUCACAUGCACGUCUCUAGAUGCUCAGGCAAAAGAAUUGCAAAUGGAGAUAUACCCAGUGCUUGAUGAACUGGCAUCAUCUAUCAGUACUCAAAAUCUAGAACGUGUCCGUAGACUCAAAGGUCACCUCCUUGCACUGACUCAGCGAGUGCAGAAGGUCUGUGAUGAAAUAGAACAUCUUAUGGAUGAUGAUGGUGACAUGGCUGAGAUGUACCUAACAGAGAAGAAACAAAGAAGGGAGGCUAACCCAAUCAAUGACCUAUAUUAUCAACUUAAUUCUGGCAAUGCCAGAGUAGUGUCAAAAUCUGCACCUGUUUCACCUGUGGGGUCAGUCGGUGGAGCCCGGAAAUUGCAAAGGGCUUUCAGUAGUAUAAGUUCCGGCAGACAUGGAAGCUUAAUUAGUUCAUCUAGUAGUGGGGAAAAUAUUGAUCAACUUGAAAUGUUGCUCGAAGCGUAUUUUGUUGUCAUCGACAAUACUCUCAACAAGCUGUUAUCGCUCAAAGAAUAUAUUGAUGAUACUGAGGACUUGAUCAACAUUAAACUGGGCAAUAUUCAGAACCAGCUGAUACAGUUUGAGCUUCUUUUGACGGCAGCUACCUUUGUGGCCACAAUAUUUGCUGUCGUAGCUGGGGUCUUUGGAAUGAACUUUGCAGACUCAGUUUUUAAGCACCCUUCCGCAUUCCACUGGAUCCUAAUUAUAACUGGAGUAUUCUGUGGAAUGUUGUACUUCUCUUUCUUGAUUUAUUUUAGGCACAAGAAAAUUUUUCCCUUGUAAAUUGGACAGUAUUAAAUUUAUUCAAUUGAAAAUGAUUCCUAAGACUGUUACAUUUA